GUCAUCAACAACAACCAUGGCUAUCGAGGCUUGGUUUAUGGAUGAAAGCAAUGAAGAUCAAAGGCUUCCUCACAAGCGCAAUCCCAACGAGCCUGUUUCGUUAGACCACUUGGCAGAGAUUGGAGUGUUGUAUUGGAAUUUGAACCCCAAGGAUUACGAGAACGAUGAGGAGUUGAAGAAGAUCAGAGAAGCUAGAGGUUACAAUUACAUGGAUUUGCUUGAUUUAUGCCCGGAGAAAGUUGCUAACUAUGAGGAGAAGCUGAGGAACUUUUACACCGAGCACAUACAUGCCGAUGAAGAGAUACGCUACUGCUUGGAAGGCGGCGGAUAUUUCGAUGUCAGGGACAAGGAUGACCGAUGGGUCCGGAUUUGGAUCAAAGCGGGUGAUCUCAUUAUAUUGCCAGCCGGAAUCUAUCACAGGUUCACUCUUGACACCAGCAACUAUAUCAAGUUGAUGAGGUUGUUCGUGGGAGAACCGGUUUGGACGGCAUAUAAUCGGCCGCAAGAGGAUCAUCCUGCAAGGAAAGAGUACAUAAAAAGCUUGACUGAGAAUGUUGAGGUUCCAUUAGCUGCUCAUUAGAGGUAUUUUAUCAUUUGCAGUCCUUAUAUGUACAUCUCUUUAGUUUCAUAAGUCUCUCGAGGGCUGAACUU